AUGGCUGAAAAAGGCCUAAUAUUAAAGUCGAUGUCGGUAGAGGAAGUUGCCCAAGCUGCUCGCCUUCGUAAUGGAAAUAUAUUAAUUGUGGAUUGCAGACCUUUUUUGUCCUAUAACACUUGCCAUAUCAAGACAUCUAUAAACAUUUAUUACAAUCACAUAAUGAGUCGAAGAAAGAAUAAUUGCAAGAUCUCCGUAUAUGAUUUUGUUCAAUGCUCGCGUAAGCGUGACAAGCUAUUGAACGGACACUACAAUAGCGUCGUUUUUUACGAUCAGUCGAACGAUGAUAUUGAUUCUAUUCCCGCUGAAGAUGCGCUAUAUCGAGUACUUAAUUUAUUCGUUAAAGAACGCAUUGGUAAAGAAUUCUUCGUGAUGAAAGGGGUAUAUAAUAUGAGAAUCACUCUUGAUGGUCGUAUAAAACGCCUUUGA